GUACUUGGCCACUCUCGGUAUAUUUAGAAGCCAGAUUGAAGCACCCGCUGGACGCCUAUUGACACUCCUCUGUCAUCCUUCAAUUAUUUCGGCGGGAAGAUUUCGAGCGUGAUCCACCCCACUGAGACUGGUGAAGCAAUUCGGCAAUCGUCAUGAUGAGAAAUAGCUUAUUAGCUUUCGCGGCGGCGAUAUUGCUCGCCUCUGGAGCCGACGCCGAUAGAGCAUGCGGAAGCGCGAACGCGUCCUCGACAUACCAAUGGCGCCUGGGUGCUGCUAGAUAUGAUGGCCCAGAGCCGGGCGACAGCAACGGAUCCGCUACGGUGGCAUUCAGCAUAGUGCCAGGUAGUAGCACGAUGGGAACUUUUUUCGAAUGCGUGGCAGAGUGGCCCGAGUCUUGGCAAGGAUGGUAUGAAGAUGGGAAUAUCAUAUGGAGUGAUUGUAUCUGGGCUGGAAAUGGACGAACCUACGAUACCGCUGUCUCCUUUGCUACAGAUUGGAAAAACCGUACCUUAUACAUAUCCCAUACAUUUCCCUGCUCGGAUGCAAAAGGAACCGAUGCUCUCGCGACAGGAUCGGUACAAUUGGACUUGGACUGUACAGACAGCGCCGAAGAUGGUAGUAGCUGCACAUUAAAGGGCAACGGGCAGGACAUUACCACCAAAGGCAGUCCGGCGCGUCUAGCAGCUGACUCUUGCACGGAUAAUUCGCAAAGAUACCAAUCUUGGCAACUCGAAAACUGGCAACGCCAAUAUGAAGCGAUACCCGGGUCUACUGCCGGUCCCCAAUCCGACACAGGCCCAUCUUUCGUUUUAAGAAAUAUGGCCAAUACCGACGUUUUUAACUGUUCGCCUUCAGGGAAUCAGAACAGUACAUUUGAAGGGACUUGCUUGGCAACGGCGGAAGGGAGCUCGACGACUUCCGCAACUUUUAGCUUCGACCCGAAGAUCGAUGUCCUCAUAAUCAACCAGCAUUGGAACUGUAGCGAGACAUCUUUGUUCGAUGCUACUGGUGUCGGAUACGUCCAAGCGACAUGUAACCGUGAAGGUAAUUUACUUACUUGCACCUCGGAUCCUCUCUGGAUUGGUACCAAGAUAGUGUAGUGUACCUUAAGUUGUCUAUAUAGCUACCUAGCAUAGGUACUUGGUAUCUACCCAAUACAAGUUUCUAUAGGUUACAUAUAGCCCCCGCCGUUUAUUUAUGCAAAGGAUGCUAGUUGUCUCUAUGGCAAAGCUGCG